GAGAUGAAGAGACAGAAAGGGGAAUACGAGGCAGUGAAAGAACUGGGACUCACCAGAGCCCGAGGAUAUGCAGUGGACGUGACUCUGGAUCCAGACACGGCAAAUCCCAACCUCGUCCUGUCUGAGGAUUGGAAAUAUGUGAGAUACGGAGACACACGCCAGGAUCUGCCUGACAAUCAUGAGAGAUUUGAUACUUGUUCCUGUGUCUUGGGCACUGAGGGGUUCAUGGGCGGGCGGUGUUACUGGGAAGUGGAGGUAGGAGACAAGACUAGAUGGACUCUGGGGGUUUGUAGGGAAUCUGUGAACAGGAAGGGGCCGGUCACAUACACACCUGGGAAUGGAUACUGGGCCGUGUGGCUGAAGAGUGGGAUAUACGAGGCUCGCACCUCCCCCCCAACCCCCCUCCCCGUGAGUGUUAGGCCCAGCCGGGUGGGGAUUUUCCUGGACUAUGAGGCGGGCGAGGUCUCGUUUUACAAUGUGACUGACAGGUCCCAUCUCUUCACUUUCACUGACACCUUCUCCGGGACGCUCCGCCCUUAUUUCAGUCCUGGUCUUGCCACUAGGGGUACAAACGUGGCUCCCCUGAUAAUCUGCCUGGUCCCAGCUCAGGCCGGAGGGAAUCUCUGUCCCUGACAGCGACACUCGUGGCACAAACUGUCCCCUCCCAGCGCUGCAGCUCUUCCCGCCUCCUUGUGGUGGAGGCCGGUUACUGCAGGUAACUGGAGUUUUUGUGGUGACCAGACGCUCCCAGUUUCCCUUUUCAGCUGGAGUAGCAAACUGGACACCUGGCAACCCCAGCCCAGGCUGGGUGAAUGGGACCCACUUGCUGGAAGGAGCCAGACAGAUUUUCCCCCCUCCCGCUGUGUUUGCUCCAUCCCUAGCACAGGGUGAUGCUGGUAAGAAAUACUGCCAGGCAGCUAGUGGUUUUUGCUGCCCCCACCUUUCCCCAUCCCCUGCAAAAUAGGGAAAAAAAAGAUUAUUCUAAAUUAGAAAAUGUUGUUAUAAACAAAAACAUUUUCAUUUACAUUUCAACAGUAUUUCAGAAACAAGCAUCUAAACAUAUUCUAAAAAAUGGAAUAAUUUACAUUUAUUUUUUUUAUUCUUCCCUCAAAUCUAUAUUGAGGUUUAACUUCUCUACAUAGCAUCAUUUGUAUUUCAACUGUGUCAUUUCAGGAAAUCCAAAAUAUUUAUCUUAUCAAAAUAAUUAUUAAAAACUGUCAGACUGGGUUGUUCAGUUAGAAUGUACAUGUGUCAUAAACAUCACAACUACACAUGUGCAACUGCGCUCUCUCUCUCUCUAUUGUCUUGACUGGUUCUCUCUGGAAGGCAGGGCACAUAUACCCCCUGCACUACACCUUUGAUAAUUAAUUGGUGAAAAAACAAUAGAAUUAAUUAAGCAAUAUAUUUAAGUUAACUCACACAAGAUUAUUAAAUAGUCUUUGAACUUCUGUCACCAUUAAUUCAUGUGAUUUUUAACUUUCUAGCUACAUAUAAUCAGUAAUCAACCUAUGACUCUUCCUUUCUUGUUCUCACAUCAGUUAACAAAACACGGUCCCCAACCUCAAAUGCUAUCUUUCUAUAGAUAGAAAUCUCUUCUACAGUAUCCAUUUUUUUAGUUUAUUUUUCUUUGGAAAUAUUAUUUGCAGCCCAUGUACUGUCAGUGUCCACUGUCGAUUUCAACGUACUGCCGGGCUCUUCAUGUUCUUGGUUAUAAGGACACAACAAAUUUAGUUUAGUAAAGAAAUAGAGAAGGGGUUGUAUUCCUUUACUGAAUCAUCACAAAUUAACUUAAUUAUAUUAAAGACCCUGACACUUAAAGACACACAAGAAUAAAUUUAUUGAAGCUUUAUUGGGAAACUUUUCUUCUCAGCCAUAAAUCAGUCAAAAGGGUGAUAUUUUUGUUGUCAUGCAAGGUUUAGAGUACAAAGAAAAUAAAGUUGCUCCAGGAAAUUCAUCACAAUUCCAAUGGGUUCUGUCCACCACCUUCUGGAAUGCUCUGUAAAAAUAGUGACUGAUUGGUCUAAUUCCUUCAAAUUAGAGACUGAACCUAAUUUCUUGAAGAGCUAGCUGAGCAGAGUCUGAGGGGAGGCACAUCACAUGGCAUUGCUAGGACUCCUUUUUGUUUUAAAGGUGAUGCGUUAUGAACAUUUUCAAUGUAAUAAUUCAGUUUUGAAGAUUAAUUCACAAUAUGCCAUUCAUGGCAGAGUGCCCUAAACCUACCUUGAUUAUUUGAAAAUAAAUACCCUAAAAUUAU